UCCAGGAAUCGAUUGACUUCCUGUUACAGCUGUACAUUAGAGCAGCUACUCUAUAAACUGCCUUGAAUCUUGAACGUAUUAAGAAUAAAAACUCUGCAGCUUGUUACUGAACAACCAGAAAAUGCAAACCCGUCUGUCCUGAAGACGUUUCCGUGUCUGAAAAGCACUAGGAAUAGAUUAUGUGGUGCAUCCAUCAUGAAAGUCCCUGUGGACGAGCUGCUACUUCAAAAAGGAUGACAUAUUAGAAAGAGGGAGCCUGGAGCCUAUCCCAGUGAACCUGGGGUACACCCUCUAUAGGGUGACAGCUCAUCACAGGGCAUAAUCAUAUACGUUCGCACUGGCAUUCUGUGUCAAUCAGUAUACAGUGCAUGUCUUUGGACUGGGGGAGGAAAUCCCUGAAGCACAGGGAGAUCAUGCAAACUCUGCACACACAGGACAGAGGCAGAAUUCAAACCCCCAACCCUGGAGGCAAAGCAUGCAAGGCAAAUGCGCUAACCACUAAGCCACCAUGCCCACCUCCAAGCAGAAUGAAGAAUUUAACAGCGAAUGCACCACUUCCCCCUCUUCUCCAGAGACGGGUGCCUGGACCCCUACAUUACAACGUCACCUCCCACACGGAGCACGACCCCAAACCCGUGGAUGGUGUAUUGAGUAAUGUCAUCUAUUCGAAAGCGUCUCCUCACUGGCACACACAUUUCCUGAAUGACCUGGCUCAAAAGCUGCGAGACAGCCGAUCAGUCAGGCUUGUCUCUGGGCCGCCUGUCAGUGAGAUGCAGGAGCAGUACAGUGGACGAUCAGCACGGUACGAGCCUCUGGAGCCUCAGUACAGGACGUUGCAGGCACUGCAUGGACAGCUCCAUCAGUCUUCAGUUCUGCUGCCCAGAGAGCCGGCGCUCAGCACUGCUCACACCGAGUACAGACGCUUCAGCAGGUCUGAACUGGCUCCUUUCUCCGCCUUGGAUGCUUCGCCCACCCGUGGACCCUUCGCCAAGCGUGCCGCACUGAUCCCCCUCUACCCUCACAAGGCCACGCCCGGCACCUACUCUCAGCUCCGGUUGCCACGCCCACUUGUACCGGUACCCCGUGGAGGCAGAAGCAGCGUAUACAUGGAUAGUUUCAGUGUACCUACGCCUCUGCCCAUGUCAUCCACCCAUGUGGCUGUCCUUGCUGGGACAAAACACACCGAGGAGAGUGGGCGGAGCUUACUGCAGCACAUCCUGGACGUGCCCGAGAUGUACGGCACAGAGAAUCAGACGUAUGGGAAAGGGAGGAUGGUGCUCGUGUGAGACAGAGCACAAUGCAUUCAUUAUUAACCCGAUCUAGCCAUUUCUGUCCAGUUGUUUAAUAAUGGAUGUCGAGGUUAAAUUAAAUAUCAAUGAUUUUUUAAAAUCCAAAUGGG